CAUUGGGGUUUGCGACCCACCCUCACGCUCAGUCGUUGCCUUGUUGUGCUGAUGACCCGAAGGCUGUGUUCAGGGUCCGGGCUGGGGCUGGGCAGUCGCUUCGGGGGUGUUCGCCUCUCCAAGCGGUUCGUCUUCCUGAUCCUGCUCAGUGCCUUGGUCACCGUGUGCUUCGGGGCCAUCUUCUUCCUCCCGGAUUCCGUGCGCCUCCGCCGCUUCUUCUUGCUGCCCGCCGAGCCGCAGCGCAUCGACAGUGCAGGAGGGAGCGGACUGGGGCUGGCACCGGGACCGGGACGGGGACGGGCAGCCCCCGCGGGCCCCCGGCACAGUCAGACGGAGGCGCACAUCGGUCCCGCUCGGCGAAGGGAGGAGGACAGAUUCGGAAAAGAGCCGGUGCUGGAGCGGAUCCGCCAGGAGGUGACGGAAAGCGAGCACAGACUGAAGGGUUCGGAGAACGGGGCAGAGGUGCUGGAAGCCAGCAACAGCCGCUCCCCACCACUGCUGGAAGCAGGGACAGAGUCGGCAGAUCAGGACGUGAGGAGCCACCGGGAGAAAGUCAAAGAGAUGAUGAAAUUUGCUUGGGAUAACUACAGACAAUAUGCAUGGGGAACCAAUGAACUCAAGCCAUUGUCGAAGAGUGGACAUACAAGUGGCUUGUUUGGAGGGCUUCUGGGAGCUACAAUUGUGGACUCUUUGGACACACUCUACAUUAUGGGCCUUCAGGAGGAGUUUAGAGAAGCCAGAGAAUGGGUGGAAAGCAACCUGGACUUUAAUGUGAAUGGAGAAGUAUCUGUCUUUGAAGUGACCAUCCGUUUUGUUGGUGGGCUGCUGUCAGCAUAUUACUUGACUGGUGAUGAGUUAUUCAAGAUGAAAGCAAUUGAAUUAGGAGAGAAGCUACUACCGGCAUUUAACACCCCGACAGGCAUCCCCUGGGCCUUGAUAAACCUCCGUAGUGGAGUUGGUCGGAACUGGGGCUGGGCCUCAGGGGGAAGUAGCAUUCUGGCAGAGCUUGGCACCUUACACCUGGAGUUCGUGCACCUGAGUGAGGUGUCAGGCAACCCAAAGUUUGCUGAAAAGGUGAUGAAAAUCCGGAAAGUUCUGAAUCGGCUAGAAAAACCUCAUGGGCUUUACCCCAACUAUCUGAGCCCUGUUACUGGUCACUGGGGGCAGCAUCAUGUCUCCAUUGGUGGGCUUGGGGACAGUUUCUAUGAAUAUUUGAUCAAAGCCUGGCUUAUGUCUGACAAGACUGAUGAGGAAGCCAAAACUAUGUAUUAUGAGGCUUUACAGGCAAUAGAGGCAAAUCUAGUGCGAAAAUCUGCCAGUGGUUUGACCUAUAUUGCAGAAUGGAGGGGAGGGAUACUAGACCAUAAAAUGGGGCAUCUGACAUGUUUUUCGGGAGGGAUGUUAGCCAUGGGAGCUGAUGAUGCACCGACAGAUCUGUCUAAACACUACAUGGAAUUGGCAGCAGAAAUCACCAUCACCUGCCAUGAAUCAUACAGACGUUCAGCAACUAAGCUUGGUCCUGAAGCAUUUCGUUUUGAUGGUGGUGCUGAUGCUGUUGCUACAAGAAUGAAUGACAAAUAUUACAUCUUGCGGCCUGAAGUGGUUGAAACCUACAUGCACAUGUGGCGAUUUACCCAUGACCCCAGGUAUAGAGAAUGGGGCUGGGAGGCAGUACAGGCUCUGGAGCAGCACUGUCGAGUAGAGACUGGAUUUUCUGGGAUAAGAGAUGUCUACAGUACCCUGCCACACCAUGAUGAUGUACAGCAGAGCUUUUUCCUUGCGGAGACGUUAAAGUACCUUUAUAUACUGUUCUCUGAAGAUGAACUGCUGUCUCCAGAACACUGGGUGUUUAACACCGAGGCCCAUCCACUGCCUGUAAUACAAAGGAACACACAGGAACAAGUGAUCACAAAUGAUCAGUAAACAAAUCUACCCUGAAGAAGGGUUAACUUUUAUCAGUCGUUUGGGUUGAGAUACAUUUCCUUUCCAGUAAAGGACCUUUAUUGAUUUAGAUAGAAAUGAGUUAAGAGUCAGCAGUGUAAUCGAUGUGUUGUGUUUGAUCUACUCUGGACACAUUGAUUUCCUCUGUGAGGAGUUGCGUGGCCUGUUGACUGCUUGUAGUGGGUCACACUAAAAGCAAAGUCUCAGAAAUAUUUUACUCGUACACAGGGUUUGAAUGAGGGAGAAUGCAAGCAUCAAUUUGACUCUGUUCUUUCUGACCAAAGGAUUAAAUUUUCAUAAGUGUAAAGGCUGUUACUUUACUUUACUUCUCAUUUUAUAAAAAAAAUAUAUUUGUGUAAAGCAAAGUAAAUGCAUAUUCAGUUGUUUAUAUUAAUAAUUAAAGUAGCAUCUCUCUGGUACUACGACCAAAUAUUUCAUUGACAUGAUCAUCUGAGAAUUCUGCAGCUCUAAUAUCCAUUGACUAGAACUUUCAUUUUCUCUGGGUCACUGAUUUGUGUAUUUGCAUAAAAUGUUUUUCUGUGCUACCUUAACAUGUUUGUUAAUUAAUUUAAGUAAAUUAGCAAAUAUGUUAAACAGUGUGGAUUAGAAUAAAAUUAGUCAACAACUUAUGAAGAAAAGAAGCAGGAAAUUAAAUAUUAACGGUGUGAAAUUCAUCUUAAGCAGUAGCAGUUUUGGAUCUUUUACAUUCUGCCCAUUUUACACCACUGCCCAAGGCAAAUCUUACAACUUUAAUGUUUAUUUUUUAUAUCCCACAUUGACUCUACUUUUUUUUGCAAUAUACACAGACUGAACCAGAUUUUUCUGCAAUAUUGAGAGAGUGAAAUUGGUCCAUGCCAGCAGCAUGAAAUGGACUGUUAGCUGUUAGUUUUUCCAGGUAAUUAUGUUUUUGUUUUUGUUUUGGACUGUUAGCAGACUGGCAGCCAAUUUUUCACCUCACCUGAUUUUCUUUCCAUUCAGGUUCACAGAAAAAUAGUUCAAACUGUUUUUUAAUCACUCCUUUCCUCAUCUCACAGUUGCUUUAAAUUCAAAAUCUUGGCAAUAUUUUCCAAAUUAGUAGAAAAUAAUAACUGGCUCAGUGAAAAAUCAUCUGCCAAUUCACUACAGGCCAUUUUUUGUGCUGCUGGUGUAAACCAAUUUCACUUCCAUUGUGUUUGAAUCCAGAUUUUAUUUGAUAAUUAUAAUCAACAAGAAAAUGAUUUAAUGAAGUGUUUUUUUGACCUCAAUCCCACUUUACUACAUAAUCAUGUAACACCUAAUCAAAAGGUAUCAUAUGUAUUGCUCAAAAAUAAUGUACACUUUCAUCAGAUGUUAUACAUUGAAAUUCAUUCUGAUCUGUUUCUCAGUUUGGUUACACAUUUAUGCCAUUUAUUUUGUUCUUAGUUAUUUUAUUCUGUUCUAAUCCCAGUUGUGCUUUUACAGUGUUUCAGAUUGAGCUCAAUUAUACAUUUAAUGUAUUUUUCUGUUGUCAGUUAUACAUCUAUAUCAUUUGAUUUUGAUGUCUACAUUUGGACAGUUACAAACAUAUGAAAACGACAGUCAGGAAAGGAUUCACUGGUCUAUUCAACUUGCUCCACACAUUAUGCAUCAUAAAACAUACAGUCCACACCAACCUAGUGCUGUGUAAUCUCCUGGGAGAGGCAAAAAAACAAAUUAAAAUCCCCAAGCCAAUUGUGGGGGAAUCUGGAAAAAUUCCUCUGAGUCCCGGAGGUGAUCAAAACUAGUCCAGGAGAUCACAUUGUCUCUGAUUUACAUUACAGGAUAACCUACAUUUUGUAAUAUUAUUCUGAUCACAGAAUUAUAUGGCUCAGACAAAGGACAUUCAGUCUUUUGGGCCUGUGUUGGUGCUCACUUUUCUACUCUAAUUCCAUCAACCUUGUGUAGUUUUAUAUUCUUAUUUUCAAAUAGCUAUCUAAAUUCCUUUCAAAUGAUGUCUGACUCACCAUACAUGAAGCAUUACAUCUAAUAAUUAUGAAAAUUUAUUUAACACUUGCCCUUCUUCUUGUGAUCAUUGAGUCUGUGCCCUUUGUUACCAAUUUACCAACCAGUGAAAACAAUCUUUUAUUACUUAUCCCCUGUACCAAUUAUAAUUUUGAAAACCUCUUUCAGAUCUACCCAUUAAACUUUUUUCCAGUUAAAAAAAAUUGCCUAAUGUUUCAUGAUAUAUUCUCAUUUAACUUCUCAUUCCUAAUAACAUUCAAGUAAACCUUCACUGUCCCCCUUCCAUGAUUCAACCUCCCUAUAAUGAGAUAUCCAGGACUGCACAUACUACUCUAACUGUGGCCUUAACCAAUGUCUUGAACAAAUUCAACAUCAUUUUUUUUAUAUAUAGUAUUACCAUAAAGAAAACUGAGAAUGCCAAUUGGCUUUUUAUAUUUUAUUGGGAUGUAGUGGAGGGCAUACCAGGUACAUGCAUUUUAUUAUUGGAGACGAGGAUGCCCAUUUUUGGCAGCAUGUAAUGAAGGACAUGCAGAGUAUAUUCACUUCUUAUUGUUCCAAAUUAAGGUCCAGUCUCUAAAAGCACAAAAUGGUAAACCACAUAAGGUUAAGGUGAUGCAGAUGUUUUGCUGAAUCCCUUAAGACUAUGUGACAGCUGCUAUUACAGCUAUUAUUUGGACUAAAUACUGCUAUAUUUAUAGUGAUUCAUUAUGAGACCAAAAACUUAGAAGUUACUGUUGAUGAUGUUUGUGGACAAAUAUUUAACAGAUAUAAUCAGAGGAAUAUUUACCAAUAUUGUCAACACUAAUUUCUCAUUACUGGUAGAGCAAGAAACAAAUUUAUUAUGUGGUUAAAAGAUUACCUGAAUGUCUAUGAUACAUUGUAUAGAUUUGGGUCCAGCUUAUUGGGUGUAUUCUCUCAUUUGAAGCAGUAUAUACAAUACUUGUAUCUUUAAUAUAUUAAAAGUCUUACAAUAUAGCAUCACUCCCUGUCACAAUUAGUUCCCGCAAUGCUUUCCUCAUCAUACCCUAAUUCACUCAAUGUCACAGAAGAUCUGUUAAUAUAUAAGAAAUCUACACCGAAUCCUUGAAAAUGCACUGAAUAUGUCAAAAAACUAAAUUUCUUUGAGGAAUCUCCUCAGCACAUUCCCACAAAAAAAUUCUCAGACAUAAUGUAUAGAAUAAUCACUUCUAGAAUUGCCACUACUUCCUUUGCCUAGAAUUCUUUGUUCCUCUAUCCUGUUAAGAAUAUUACUAUGUUAGGGAAUAAUUCCUUUCACUUUUCUUUCUGUAAAAACUACUCCUUCACAUUUUUCUGCAUUAGACUGUGGCUACCACCUAUUUCUCCACUCCACCAAUCUAUUUAUGUCCUCCAAUUUUCUGUAUUUUUCUUCACAAAUUGCAGUCCUCAUAUUGGGUAUUAUCAGCAAAUUUCAAUAUCAUUCCUUGUGGCUAUGUCCAAUGUAUUUCUAUAAUUGUGAAAAAAGACAUUACAGCAAAAAUUGUCGAAGUACACUACUACCAACUCCUAGCAUUCUAAACCCUAGCCACCUCACUGUCUAUUUAGAUUUAUUCUUUUUAACACAAAUGCCUUAAUGUUCAUAACAAGCCUGUAAAUGGCAUCUUAUCAAACACCCUUUGAAAGUCCAGCAUACAACACUCUCUAUAUUUCCUUCAUGUAUGCACUCUGUAAUUUCUUCAAAUAAAUUCAGUUAAAAUUGAGCAUGGCCUGCUUUUCUAAUCCUUUACUAAUUUGUCCCAUGUUAUGAAUCCUAGUAGUUUAUCCCUAACUGAGUAAGACUAACUGGCUUAUAAUCUCCUGGUACAUUCUAUUUCCAUGGAAUUUUUCUCCUGGAAUAAAUUUGCACUAUUUCAAUCUGAUCUCAGUUAUAUAUUUGCAGUUUCAUGCAUUUUUUGUUUGUCAUGUAUGUACGGUGUGCCUUCAGACAAUGACAGUUGUGUUGUUUAAUCUGGUUAAUGUAACAGAGUAAGAUCAUUUAGUUAAACACAUAGUUACUGAAUGAAAUAAUUACAAAUCCUUGUAUUGUGUGAUUUUUGUUCAUCGUCACCUUGAAAGGGAAUGGUGUAUUUGUUUUAUCCAAGAUGAUUUGACAUAAAAUUGCAUGAAUAGAAGGUAAUUUUAUAAUGAGCACAAUGCAGAGAUAUUGUAAUCCGGAAUUUUUGAAACACAUUCAACAGUAGUAGCACUGCACCAGAAGUCUCUGUCACAGAAAUUACCGCCGUAAAAUGAAUUAUAUAUUGCUAUUAGCUUGGAUAACUUAAGUUCAUCCGAAUACUGAACUUUGAAUGUUACAAACCCAAUUUCUGAAAAUAUACAGCUACCACAGUUACAGUGCCAAAAUACUCUGCUCCAUAUGUACUACAGUCCUAAUAUUCUGAGGUCUACUGAGAUGUCAUUUCCUUUCUGCUAUUAAUUGCCCCCUUUACUCAACCUCCCAGAGUUCAUCUUGUUCAACUGACCCCUCAACAAAUUAUAAUACUGCCUACUCAUGAACUUUAAUGCAAUCUUUAAUUUUCUUCUGGAUGCACUUAAAAACCUUUUUCAUUCUGCCUUUCAACAUUUGUUAAUAAUUCUUUCCCUAGCCUUUCAUUUCAUUUUUCAUCAUUCUUUGACCCACCCUCAAAGUUUAAUACCCCUAUCAUUGAGUGACUCAAUGCACUUUAAUAGUUCAUAUAGCCAGAAGGAGAUUUUUUUCUUCACCUCCUGGGCAGAGAUCAAUCAUUGUGGAUCCCAACCCUUUUUCAUUCCAUGGAGGGCAAAAAAUCUACCACUAGGUUAGGUCAGUGCACUUCAGUACUCUUCUCACCUGGUGCCUGUGCAAUAGUACUCUGCUUAUGUGGUUUCUGCAUCUUAGUACACUGCUCACCUAGUAAUACUUUGCUCACCUGAUCUUGGUGCUUUCUUACAUCUUUCACCCGGUCUCUGUGCUUAAAUACUCCACUUACCUGAUCUCUGAUCUUUAAUGUUCUGCUCACCUGGUCUCUGCACUUUAUUAUUACACUUACCUGGUCUCAGUGCACUUUAAUGCUUCCCCCACUUGAACUCAGUGCACUUUAAUGCUCCCCCCACCUGAACUCAGUGCACUUUAAUGCUUCCCUCAUCUGGUCAAUGCACUUUAAUAUCUGGGUACACUUCUUAACUCUCCCUUUCCUUACGACAGCAACAUACUGAUGUGUUUAUUCAAACAUAUUUUGUCUCUGUUUCAUUCUGACCAGAGCAUACAUCACCCAACCUGUUGUUAACAAUGUUUUCCUUAACGGCUUCCUAUCAUGUACUGCAUUAACAAUCCAGGGGUAAGUUAUCCUCUGAUUUUCCACUUCCAACUUGAUACCUGACCCAUGCUCAGCCCUUUGCACUGCUGCUCAGUUCAGGAACUGAAAAGUUUGAGCAUCAAACAUGCACCCCUUUUAUGGACAUUGAUUUGUGUUCCUCUCAUUUUACACACAGCCCAGUGUCCAGUGCCAGAAGUAGACCUGACACUAUUGGUUUGCAUACUCAUUAGGUGUCUGGCAGUUGACUGAAUCAGGAUCCUUAAUGAAAUUGCUAUCCAUACAUGCUUGGAAUAUCACUUGUUUACCCUGUUCAACAAUUCGUGGCAUGAACAGUUGACAAGCCACCAUCACAAGCGUUAUUUAAAGGAAUCGUCACCUCCAUUAAGUUAAGUUUCUGGUUCUUUGUUUUAGCUUGCCAAAUUUUUGGCUGCUUUGGCUACACUUUGCAUGUGAAAUGCUUUGGAAGAAGGAGUUUGUUGAGAUCAUUAACACUUUCUCAGGAUUAGCUUAAUCAGACCAGGAAGAGUAGUAGAGAAUACUUGCAGAAGCUGCUAGAAGAGAGCAAGAAAGCAAUGCCACUUUUGUGAGAUGACAACAGUUCAUCACUUUUCCCUUGGAGGCAGGCAAGCAGAAAGAAAGCCUGGUUUGCUGGAUUCCAGUAGUGCAUAGACUGCACCAUGGUAUUAACUGAACUUAACUGGUAUUAACUCAAUAGCAGUCUCCAUAUGCGGGGAGCAUAAUGACCAAACCCAUGUGGGGU